AUGGCAGAGAUGUACAAUAACAUGGGACCUCAACCGGGUAUGCCGAGACCACCGGGUAACCCCGACCCUGGUCCGUUUGGGAAUCCAUUCACUGGAGCUGGCUCUGGUUUUAUCCGUGGUGGUUUGGGUGCGUACGGUGAGAGGAUUUUGGGAUCGAGCUCUGAGUAUGUGCAGAGCAAUAUAAGCCGGUACUUCUCUGAUCCUCAAUACUAUUUCCAAGUGAAUGAUCAAUAUGUGAGGAACAAAUUGAAGGUUGUUCUGUUUCCUUUCCUACACCGGGGACACUGGACCAGAAUAUCGGAACCAGUUGGGGGUAGGCUCUCAUACAAGCCUCCAAUCUAUGAUAUCAAUGCGCCAGACUUAUACAUUCCGUUCAUGGCAUUUGGUACAUAUGUUGUUCUUGCUGGCCUUUCAUUGGGACUUAAUGGAAAGUUUACACCGGAAGCUUUGAAUUGGCUGUUUGUGAAAGGAUUGGUUGGUUGGUUUUUGCAAGUGAUGCUCCUGAAAGUAACACUUCUAUCACUUGGUAGCGGAGAGGCGCCUUUACUAGACAUUGUGGCGUACGGAGGCUAUGCUUAUGCAGGUCUAUGUCUUGCGAGUUUUGCCAAGAUUAUCUGGGGAUACUCGUACUACGCGUUGAUGCCAUGGACGUGUUUAUGCACUGGGAUUUUCUUAGUGAAGACGAUGAAACGUGUUCUGUUCGCUGAAGUAAGGAGUUACGAUUCGAGCAAACAUCAUUACCUUCUGCUGUUUUUAGCCUUGGUCCAGUUCCCUCUUUUAAUAUGGCUUGGUAACAUUAGUGUUAACUGGCUCUUUUGA